AAAGCAUCGAGCGACAUGAUAUUGCUUGCAUUCGAUUAUAGUGCGACGUUUCAUGCACAGUGCAAAUGGACAAGCAACAAUCCGAUAAAGCAGAGGCUGUGCCAACAAGCGAAGAAGCAGUCACACCAUCAAACAACACCCUGGUUGAGUCGAUAGCGCACGACAAGGAGGUGGAAAUGGCAAGCGAGGAAUGGUGCGUGGUUGACAGCAGCGAAUCAUCGCCACCGCCGAAACGUGUGCACUUUUCCACAGCGUGCGAUACGCCAAAACGUGGCGGACGGGGCCGCGGCAUUUAUUUUGCCGAACAACGACGCGUCAUCGCUCAGGGCAGAGGCCGGCAAAUUGAUGUGACCGGUGUGAGCGCGGACUCGUCCAGUCGCAAUUGUGGUCAGCAAGCGGAAGCAUCAUCAUCAUCGUCGUCACUGGUGCUGCUAGAUGUGACGAACUCGUCACAGCCGAGGAUCGUGAACGCUACUAAAAUCGACAACGAAGUUGAAAACGUUGAGCCGCAGCAAACAAGCUCUUCACAGCGCCUGGUUGAGUCGAUAGCGCACGACAAGGAGGUGGAAAUGGCAAGCGAGGAAUGGUGCGUGGUUGACAGCAGCGAAUCAUCGCCACCGCCGAAACGUGUGCACUUUUCCACAGCGUGCGAUACGCCAAAACGUGGCGGACGGGGCCGCGGCAUUUAUUUUGCCGAACAACGACGCGUCAUCGCUCAGGGCAGAGGCCGGCAAAUUGAUGUGACCGGUGUGAGCGCGGACUCGUCCAGUCGCAAUUGUGGUCAGCAAGCGGAAGCAUCAUCAUCAUCGUCGUUGCCCCGACGUCCUACAUUUGCUACCCUAAUGAUAACAGCAUCCUUGUUGAAGGAGCGCACAAUACGCGCACCUAAAACAGGAUACUGA